GAACGCUAGAGCAGCUAAGUGCGUCAGUUGUGGAGAGACAUAGACGAGUUGAGUCCUGGUCUGUGGGGAGGUAGACGGCUCCGUCGCAGACUACGGACCUCUCUUGGGUCUCUGCAGCCAAAGAUCCUGUCCGGUAGGUGAGUGGCUCACUUUGAGGGAAUGGCUUCUCGGAUCGAGGCUUCUUCAUGGCCACUCAGAUCGCGAGUGGUCAAGGCUGCUCUCUUUGCGGAGGACGGCAUCCAAUGAGCGCAGUUUAUCCGAGGGACCUGGCCUAAUAAGAGGCACUCUUGGCAGUCUUGUUUAUAACAUCAUCCGGAAAUAAUUAGCCGGGCAUCAUGAGUGGCUGUCGAGUAUUCAUCGGGAGGCUAAAUCCGUCAGCCAGGGAAAAAGAUGUGGAAAGAUUCUUCAAGGGAUAUGGGCGAAUAAGAGAUAUCGAUCUGAAAAGAGGCUUUGGUUUUGUGGAAUUUGAGGAUCCUAGGGAUGCAGAUGAUGCUGUAUAUGAACUUGAUGGAAAAGAACUAUGCAGUGAAAGGGUUACUAUUGAACAUGCUCGGGCUCGAUCUCGUGGUGGAAGGGGUCGAGGACGCUAUUCUGACCGUUUUAGCAGUCGCAGACCUCGAAAUGAUAGACGAAAUGCUCCACCUGUAAGAACAGAAAAUCGGCUUAUAGUUGAGAAUUUAUCUUCAAGAGUCAGCUGGCAGGAUCUCAAAGAUUUUAUGAGACAAGCUGGAGAAGUAACCUUUGCAGAUGCACAUCGACCUAAAUUAAAUGAAGGGGUGGUUGAGUUUGCCUCUUACGGUGACUUAAAGAAUGCUAUUGAAAAGCUUUCUGGAAAGGAAAUAAAUGGGAGAAAAAUCAAAUUAAUCGAAGGCAGCAAAAGGCAUAGUAGGUCACGAAGCAGGUCUCGUUCCCGGAGCAGGAGUUCCUCUAGGUCUCGUAGCCGGUCUCGUUCUCGGAGUCGCAAGUCUUACAGUCGCUCUAGGAGCAGGAGUCGGAGCCGGAGCCGGAGCAAGUCCCGUUCUGUUAGUAGGUCCCCCGCACCUGAGAAGAGCCAGAAACGUGGUUCUUCAAGUAGAUCUAAGUCUCCAGCUUCUGUGGAUCGCCAGAGGUCCCGGUCCCGAUCCCGGUCCAGGUCCAGGUCCAGAUCCAGAUCCAGAUCAGUUGACAGUGGCAAUUAAACUGUAAAUAACUUGCCCGGGGGCCUUUUUAAAAAAACAAAAACAAAUUCCCAAAGCAUACUUGCUAAAAAUUCUGGUAAGUAUGUGCUUUUCUGUGGGGGUGGGAUUUGGAGGGGGGUUGGGUUGGGCUGGAUAUCUUUGUAGAUGUGGACCACCAAGGGGCUGUUGAAAACUAAUUGUAUUAAAUGUCUUUUGAUAAGCCUUCUGCUCACAUUUUUGUGAAUGUCUGAAGUAUAUAGUUUGUGUAUAUUGACGGAGCUCUUUUAUAAUUAAAGCAAGUUUAAUUUUUUUGUACUAGAAAAAAUUUUGAACAUUUUAGUUACUGGUUAUUCAAAUAUGUUAAUUCAGAAUUAGUUUAAUGUGUCGAUUAAACUAAUUAAUAGCUUUGGACACUUAAAAGAGCUCUAAAUUUGCUUGUACAUAAAGGCUUAAUUUGAGUUUUUCUUGUUAGGGUCAAGGGUGUCCUCUCACCCAUCUCUUAACAGCUGCCCAGCAAGGACAUUAAAGCAGCUGUUUGUUAUUGAUAAUAAAAGAUUAUAAAACUGA